GCGAGCUAGUGACACCGCUAUAUAUUCAGCACGGCUCCGUGGCGGAAACCAGUGCACCGACAAGGUAGCCUGGAGACAUACACACAUCUAUCUAUACACAUUCGCGGUGACACUGCUGUAUAUUCAACUCGGCUCCGUGGACGAAACCGGUGUACCAGCAACAGACAGCCUGCAGAGACCUACACACACACACACACACACACACACACACACACGCAUUCUCACCCAAUCAUGGUGAAGAUCACUUUCCAGCCCGUUUCGGCGCAGAAACCGGAGAAGGACAAUGAUGGAGACAAGAUUAUCAUCCCUCAGGCACAUCAGGAGGAGCUGGUUCUCCCUCUCAAGCCCAAGAAGUCUUUUCUGAAUGGCCUGUGCUGCCUCACCUUUGGCUUGGUGGUCUUCAUGUCAGGACUGGUGCUGGCCUCCAUCUAUGUCUACCGCUACUACUUCAUACCACAGCAGGUCCCUGAGGACAGCUUGUUCCACUGUCGGGUUAUCUACGAGGACUCGGUGUAUGCUCCACUGAGGGGCCGGCAAGAACUGGAGGAAAAUGUUGGCAUCUAUCUUGAUGACAACUAUGAACAGAUCAGCGUACCCAUGCCCCAGUUUGGAGGCAGUGAUCCUGCAGAUAUCAUCCAUGACUUUCACAGGGGUCUCACAGCUUAUCACGACAUUUCCUUGGACAAAUGCUACGUCAUUGAGCUCAACGCGACCCUGGUUAUGCCGCCACGCAAUUUGUGGGAGCUGCUUGUCAAUGUCAAGAGAGGGACAUACCUGCCUCAGACCUACAUCAUCCAGGAGGAGAUGGUGGUGACAGGGAGGGUCAGGAACAUGAAGCAGCUGGGCCCGUUCAUCCAUAGGCUCUGCUACGGCAAAGAGACCUAUCAUCUGAAACGCCGCAACCAGCGCCGACGUAUUGACAGGCGUGAGACAAAGAAGUGUCACAGUAUCCGUCACUUUGAGAACACCUUCGUGGUGGAGACCGUCAUCUGCGACAGGGCGUAAACCUAACCCCACGGGAUUCUUGACCAUUCAAUGCUGAACCCAAUUUUCCAAACCAUACCUCUUGAAUUAUUUAGGCUUCGAUUGCACUUUAAGAGCAAGUAUUUGUCCAACAGUAUGAGAUGUAUGUUUCUUUUUUUUUAUUCUUUUUUUUUCGCACUCAAGUUGGAUUAUUAAUGCUCUUUGAUUGUUCAUGUUUGAUGUUCAGGUUUUUUUUGUAUUCAAACGGUCUGUAUAUUUGGAUAAUGAUGAAAAUUUUUUUGAAAAUAUCCGUAGCUUAUAAUGUUGUGUAAAAAUUGUCCAAUUUGUGUCUAGUGUAGGCUUCUUGGUUCUGACCAACUUGACUUGAUUUGGAUUAAUUUUGCAUAUGUCCUUCUGUUUAUAUUAACCCAGUGCACUGUGGGUAAUGGUGAUGAUACUUGUAGUCAAAAACAGGCUGCUUGCACUGUGCACUCACAUUUAUAUAAUUGUUCCCUGGUUGUUGGUUUUGUUUAAGAUGUCCAAAAAUGGCAAAACAUACCUCAUUUAGUUUAGACAUUCCUUUCACUAAAAUGAAGUGUCUGUAAAUUUGAUUGUUCCUAAGCAAUAUAUACUGUAAAUGGACUUUCCUCUUGAUUUAAUUUUCUUACAUGCAUAUAUUUUUAUCUGUAACCAACUGUGAAUGAUCAUUUGUUUCCGGUUUGUCUCCCCCCCCCCCCUUUGGUAUCUUCCACUUUCCAACUUUGGAUAUCCCGUGGCUUUAGACUGUCCUUUGUAGCAGUGCUUACGACGAAGAGAAGGAACCAAAGUCCGCAUUCAUCAGCACUAUAUUCAGUGUUAAAGGGAGUUUAGAAUAUUUGGUAAGAAUGCUUUAUAGUUUAGAUUGCUUGCUGUAGGUAAUAGAAAAGGCUCACGCUCUUCUUUUUGUCCCAAAUCCACCUUAUGGAUAGAUUUGCCCAGCAGUUAUCAGCGCCCAUUCCCAUUCCCAGCUAUUUUGUUAUCUCCUCGAUGCUCUUUCCCUUCUUAGAACGAUUUUUAAGAUUUCUUCUGGCUGUGUAAUACGGAGCAGAUCUGUCUCUGUUGAGAGACACGUGUGAUAUGUGCUCAUGUGUUCAUUGUCUGGGGUACCUCAAGACCCCCACCCCCCUUGCUGUACAGUUGAUUCUCCUUGUUAGAUCUUGUACCCUUGAGAAUAAAUGAUAA